AUUCAUUCAUAUAUUAGCACUUUCCCGGCACUAUCUCUCUCAUAUUACCCCCUCUCUCUCUCCCUCCAUCUCUCUCAUUCUCUCUCUCCAGUCAUGAAAGUCUCUGAAGAAGAAGACAUCAACAACAUCAAGCACCUCGUCCAAUCUCUCCUCUCCUCGAUUCCCAAGGCACAGAUAUUCAAAGGCAAGUGGUCCUCCAUCGCCGAAAAACUCUCCGAUCUCAACCUCCAUCUCUCCGACCUCUCCGACUUUCCCGCCAACUCUCUCUCCGCACCGCUCCUCCUCUCUCUCUCCGCCACUCUCUCCGACGCCCUCUCUCUCUCCGCUCUCUCCCACUCCCCAUCUCUCCCGGCCGGCAAGCUCAAGACCCAGAACGACAUCGACUCGGUGUCGUCUCGGCUCAGCCGCCACGUCGACGACAUCGAUAUUUUGAUCAAGAGCGGGGUUCUCCAGGACGACGCCGUUUCAACCCCCGUUUCUAAACGAGAGUCGGUUCGGGUCAGCUCCAGGAGCCUGAUAACCAGGUUACAAAUCGGGUCCGACGACGCGAAAAUAUCGGCGAUAGAGUCGCUGAACGACCUUCUCCAAGAAGAUGAUAAGAACGUGUUAAUCGCGGUGGCGCAGGGCAUCAUUCCCGUGGUCCUGCGCUUACUGGAUUCAAACUCGUCCCCUCAGCUUAAAGAAAACGCCGUCGUUUUGAUUUCUAGGGUUUCAGUUCUUGAUUCAAGCAAGCAUGUUUUAAUUGCAGAAGGGUUGACUUUAAUUCAAGAUUUGAUUCGGGUCCUCGAAUCGGGUUCCGGAUUUGCCAAAGAAAAAGCCUGUAUUGUCCUUGAGGCCUUGAGUCAAACCAAGGAGAAUGCAAGGGCAAUUUCGUCAAGAGGUGGGAUUUUCACCCUUCUUGAUAUCUGUCAAGGUGGGACCCCCAAUUGCCAAGCUGUUGCUGCUAGUGUGUUGAGGAAUUUAUCUGGGUUUGCUGAAAUCAGGGAGAUUUUCUCGGAGGAAAAUGGGGUUUUGGUGCUGUUAGGGGUUUUGGCUUCCGGGACGAUACAAGCGCAGGAAAAUGUGAUUGGGUGUUUGUGUAAUUUGUGUUUGGAUGAUGAAAGGUUGAAGCUUUUUGUUGUGAAGGAAGGCGGGGUUGAGUUUGUAAUGAAUUAUUGGGAUUCUGUUUCGAAUGUUAGGGGUUUGGAGGUUGCGGUUGAGUUUGUUAGGUGUUUAGUUUCGUGUCAUCCGAUUGCUGAGGUUAUUGUUUCGAGUGGGUUGUUGGGUAGGAUUGUAUUGGUUUUGAAUUGUAAUGUGUUGGGAGUGAGAGUUGCAGCUGCUAGGGCUGUUUAUGAUAUGGGAUACGAUAUGAAAACGCGAAAGGAGUUGGGGGAAUGUGGGUGCAUUGCGCCUUUGGUGAGGAUGUUGGAUGGUAAAGCUGUCGAGGAGAAGGAAGCAGCUGCUAAAGCAUUGGCAAUGCUUAUGGGAUAUGCUGGAAAUCGAAGAAUUUUUAAGAAGGAAGAGAGGUCGAUAGUUAGUACUGUCCAGCUUUUGAAUCCUUUACUAAAGAAUUUUGAUAGGAAAUAUGCUGUUUCUAUAUUGUCAUCGUUUGUUCAUUCAAAGAGAUGUCGUAAACAGAUGAUUGCUUCGAGUGCUCUUGUGUAUUUGCCUAAGGUUGUGGAUAUGGAUGUCGAGGGUGCAAAAAAGCUCUUGGAAAGUCUUGGCCGGAGAAAACUCUGGGGUGUUUUUACCGGACCUUAGUGAGGUGAUGAUCAUGAUUUCGAUUUCACUACUUUGUAUGUAUCAUAGUUUGUAAUUUUGUUAGUAAAUUUGUUUGUUAUCUGCUUUCUUUUUGUGUUAAAAUUGUGAUUAGAAUUCAUAGUAGUAGUAGGUAUAGAAAUGUGUUACUACUCCUUAAGAGUUAAGAUUUGUGGGAGUCAAUGUUGGAAAAUGUAAUCUUUUGUUAGGUGACCUAACUGGACUUUUAAUAGUUUCUGGCUUUCCAGCAAACACCAAUAAAUUAAAAGUAAUAAUGUCACUUUCUGAGCUCAUAA